CUUUGCUUUGAGCUUGUCCCCCAGUCUCACCUCAGGGUUUCACACAGUAUGGGUGAACUUGUCUGCACGCUCAUUUCUUUGUGUGCUGUUGGGCUCUGCGUGUCGUUGUCCACAUCCAUCCCUGUCCAUCCAGCCAAGGAGGGUCAGAAUGUGAGUCUGCCCUGCAACCUGACCCUCCGCUCUGACACAGCCUGGUAUCUCCUCCGCUCAGAGGAACUGCAGCUCGUGCUGGCUGGCGAAAAGUUAUCCAAGAUAGACAAUGCGAGCGGUGCUAUUUACAAUAAAGACCCUGAGCGCUUCAAAUCAGUGGAGGAUUCGUCUGGAUUGAUCAGUAUUGAGAUCAUCUCGCUGAGAGAGUCCGACCUUGGAUACUACUUCUGUGCUUCCCGCUCUCAUGAUGGAAGUAUGGUAUUCGGAAAGGGGAUUUGUCUGGCGUUUGAGGGUAAGUUCCCAGUCCCUAUUUACACCCAUGAGGGGGCAGAGCACAGGGAGCCCCCUCCAUGCUGGGUCCUUCUGGCCUGUGUCGCCCCCGCCUCAGCCCUGCUCUCAGGCCUCGCUGUCUGGGCACUCUGUUUCCAGAAAGGCAGAUCCAUUUACUUGUGCAGUGGCUGUUUGAAGGGGAACACAACUUUAAAGGAAAUGGGCUUGCACUAUGCUAGCCUGAAGCACACAGCAAGGCCCCGCCCCCCCACUCAAGGGAAGCUCCCAUUGGAGGGAGAUGUGACAUACUCAACAGUGGUUUGCCGUGUCAACCCAAGCACUUAAUGAUGUCUUAU